AUGGCUGUAGCUUUCCUCUCAAGAUCACAGGUGGUUGGAUUCACAGCUCUUCAAUUACAUUUCCAGCUCAUUAUCUGCUGUCUCCUCAUGCAAUCUCUGGUAAUGAAAUCUGCAUGGACUAUUAACUGCUCUGAACCCACUACAGAUGCUCUUUUCAGUGCCUUAAAAGACAGCAUCUUUGAUAAAUCAGAUGUGAGACCAGUUUUGUACCCGAAAACUCCCACCAACAUUAGUGUGAGCUUCACUCUGUAUGGAAUUUUAGGUGUGGAUGAAAAAGCUCAAAUAUUCGAUUCAUAUAUUUGGGUGUAUCUGUUUUGGAAUAUUGAAGGUUUGAGCUGGGAUCCUGUUGAAUGUGGAACAGACAGAAUCUCACUGCCAAGAAAAAAGCUGUGGAUGCCGGAUAUUGUGAUUAAUGAAUUCAUGGAUGAAAAUAAAUCUCCAGACACAUAUUACCUCUAUGUCAAACAUACUGGUGAGGUAAUGGAUGAUCUUCCCAUUCAUGUGAUCAGUUCCUGCAACAUGGACAUCUACACCUUUCCAUUUGAUAUUCAGAACUGCACAUUUACUUUUAACUCAUACAAGCUUACUGCGAGGGAUAUCCGAUUGCUCUUUGUUGAACCCGUGGAGGUAACACUUCAGAAUUCCCUAUCUGUGAUGAAAACGAAAGGAGAGUGGGAGCUAGUCGACAUGCUUGCUGAGAAACCUCUGAUACUUCCAGGAGAUCUAAAUAAUAGUUUUGAUACACUUAUUUACCAUGUCGUUCUCAGGCGUCGAGCGACUAUGUAUGUGGUGAACCUCCUGAUUCCCAGCUGCUUCCUAAUUGCUUUAGAUCUGUUCAGUUUUCUUCUUCCACCCCAGAACGUGGAUCGUUCUGCCUUCAAAAUGACCCUGAUUUUGGGUUACACUGUCUUCCUGCUGCUAAUGAAUGACCUGCUGCCUGUAACUGGAAACACCUUACCUCUCAUAAAUGUGUUUUUCUCUCUUUGCUUGGCACUGAUGGUGGCCAGUCUUCUUGAGACAAUCUUCAUCACUAACAUUCAGUGUGGCUCCACUCACUAUGGACCUUUACCUCCAUGGGCCAAGAUGCUUUUCCUCAACUAUCUUGCUAAGCUUGUUUGUUUAAGCAAGAAACCCAGUGACCAAAACUGUGACCCUGAAGAGCUCAGACUAGAGACCAAACGCUGUGAUCCUGCAGUUGAAACCCCUCCAAGCGAAGCAGCAUAUAAGACACUUCCUCUCCUGGAACUGAAGAAGAUAAGCCAUGAGUUACUAUCCAUCCGUCAGCAGAUCGAUAAACAUUUUAAAACUGAUGAGAGUGCAGAGGAGUGGAUGCAUUUGGGUCAAGUCAUUGACCGCUGGCUUUUCUGUCUCAUAAGUGACAACCAAGCCCCAAGCACAUAUUAUCUUUAUCUUUACAACAACGGCAAAGCAGAAGAUCGGCUGCCAAUCCAUGUGAUCAGCUCCUGCAACCUAGACAUCUACACCUUUCCAUUUGACAUUCAAAACUGCACGUACACAUUUGGAUCUUACAAGCUUACAAAGCCAGGGGAGGCCACACUCAAAAAAUCUCUACAGUACAUGGAGACAAAAGGAGAGUGGCAGCUGAUUGACAUAACCGCCAGGAAAUCUGUCAACUCAUCAUACUUCAACAUGGACGGAUUGGACAGUUGGGAUGAAAUCAUUUACCAAAUCGUCCUGAAGCGCAGACCAACUCUGUAUGUGGUGAACCUGCUGAUCCCCAGCUACUGCCUGAUUACCGUAGAUCUGUUCAGCUUCCUCCUGCCUCCUCAGAAAAUGGAUCGCUCUGCCUUUAAAAUGACCUUGAUCUUAGGCUACACCGUCUUCCUCCUCCUCAUGAACGAUCUGCUUCCUGUUACAGGAGACACCAUCCCUCUUAUAAGUCUGUUACCACUCUAUAUAAAGAGUUAG